GGGACGAAACCCAGUCACGUGAGAUAUUGCCAAGAUUUCGCUUCGGGUUUGUGUGCUGCAGAAAGAAUUGCUUUCAAUCUAGAACUUCUAUUCUGCAUCCCUCCAACAACAUUCCGCCGGAGCGCACUCAACAAUCCAAUUCUACUUGAUCAACAGUAGAGCGCAACGAUGGCACCAAAGAAGGCGAAGAAGACUACCGACUCCAUCAACUCGCGCCUGGCGCUUGUGAUGAAGUCUGGUAAAGUCACCCUUGGCUACAAGUCCACUCUCAAGACCCUUCGCUCCGGCAAGGCCAAGUUGGUCAUUAUUGCUGGCAACACUCCUCCUCUCCGCAAGAGUGAGCUCGAAUACUAUUCUAUGCUCUCCAAGACAAACGUCCACCACUUCGCUGGAAACAAUAUUGAAUUGGGUACUGCUUGCGGAAAGCUUUACCGAUGCUCUACCAUGGCUGUCCUCGAUGCCGGUGACUCUGAUAUCUUGGGUGCGGCCGCAACCUAGACGAUCUCAAGGCAUGCGAGACACAUGUCCAGCGAUGAGGGCCUUCAUGUAAAUCCCUCAGUGUAACGGUUGAGGAUGGCUGGCCGCCGAAUGGAGACUGUUAUGAAAGUGCUCCAAAACUGCCAAAUGGUGUCGUGCCAGCGCCUCUAGAUCAAGGAGAAUAGAAGUCUUUAGUCAAUGAUUGAGCAUGGACAGAUCAUGAAAUCUCCGACCAUCCUUUCAAUAUGCUGGUCAGCAUCGCUGUGCU